AUGUUUGACUACGAAAAUAUUGAAACCUCAAGGAACCAAUGGGCAAGAGUCGGUAUGUUAUCACAUUAUGAUCUCAGAUUACAAUACAAUCGUGUUCAUCCAGAGCAUCAAAUAAACGUACAUGAUUGGUGCUUCCUUCUCACCAUAUUGAGACAAUCCAUUCAUCCGGAAUAUUUACGAACCCUAACCACUGCGGUAUUGGAAGUUCAACAAUUGCCACAGCUUCUGUUGGACAAUAAUAUUGUUUUCCCAAAUAUCCCAAAUAUUUACAAUAAUAUCGAUAUUGUAACUUCACUUGAGACUUGCAUUGAGUGUUUAUGGUUUUAUACUCGGGAUCCAGAUUAUGGAUUGACACCUGGUGGCCCUUUUAUCCGACGACGUUCCGGAAUACUGCUCUAUUACACUUUUCGAGAAAUUGUUCGUAUCGAGAUGCAGUAUAUCAUUGACAAUAUUCCCAAUUUUACCAGGGGGGAUUAUGACAGUGUUCUACCCAUUGUCAGCUCUGGUAUUCGUGAACAUAUCGUCAAUUUAAUGCAUCAAGUAAUACCUAGCGACCCUUUGAUACCAUCACCCCGACAGUUGGAGAGAAUACUUGAAAUCCAAGGGAGAUGGUAUCAACUGAGUCAGCUGAACACCGACAUCUAUUCAGAUUAUACUCUGCCUUUAUUGGUUUCACUUCUGGUACCCGAUGAUAAGCUUAUUUCCUUGCCAAUUAAACAUUGGACAUUUUUUAUUGAAAGUCUUUCAUCUCUAUCACCGGUGAUCACUCAGUGUGCAAUGAAAGCAACAGAGAUUCUCUACGGUGAUUAUGCCAAUGAAGAGUUCAUUCAGUCGGUAAUGGAACGUAAUCCAAUUGGAGUUAUGGAUAAUAGCGACGGAAUAUUGCUAAACCUACAAGAUUUAUCAAUUUCCGUUCAAGUGCCAAAUUCACGUGAUAUUAUUGUGACACAGAGAGCUGAUGUUACAAAAAUUAUCAGUGGAGAUUUACUUGCUGUCAUGGUAUCGAUUGUUAUUAGAAUGAUGUAA